GGCAAACAUGGCGGAGGAGCAGCAGCAGCCAGCGGCAGUAGCCGCGGUGCCGGAGAGUAAAUCUCCUCCUCCGCUGCUCGUGAGGUCCUCGAGUGUCAGUCUCUUCAGUGACUGCGUCCAGCAAGGGGUCCAGCAGCUACUGCCGCUCAAGUUCGACAAGAACAUCAAGCAGGCCUUUUACAACACGGGAGCGUUGAUAUUCGUAGCUAUCUCGUGCGGUGCCGCCGUGCUCGUUUACUUUAUCCUGGAGGCGUUCCUGCGGCCGCUGUUGUGGGCUGUGCUCUGUGGCACCUUCCUGCAUCCUUUCAAGACUACCCUGACUAAUCUGGUGAGGAAAUGGCUGGGCGGCCUCCAGGAGUCCGGCACGCCCAUCGUCUUGGCCACCCUCAUGUUGCCCAUUUCGUUCAUCAAUCACGGCGUUGAAAUGCUGGGUAACCAGGUGCUGCUGAAACGCAGAGUGCUGCUGGUGUUGGCCAUGGGCGUGCCCGUCCUCUACCUCCUGUACUGCUUCAGCACCUGGGUGGGACUGCAGCUCUUACUCACUCACACAGGGCAGUUCAUCUCCUUUGCGCUCGAGUAUUUGAACACGUUGUGGGUAUGGACUCUUGUUGUUGGCUAUGUGUUGGCAGUUUCAUUUAAGUGGAAUACAAAAACUGAACGUUUUCUGAAAACUAUCUCUGUUCCAGUUUGGACAGUGCUUCUCUUUUAUUUAGCAUCGAUUGCUGGCAAUUGGCGUAUUCCAGUUUUUGUAAUGAUUGUCAUUCUUCUGGUUAUGGGAGCAAUUCAGGAGGAGAAAGGAAAUGAUACUGGUUUAGAGCUGCCUGCUCAUGUGAUACAAAUUAUUGUACGCACUAUUAAUAUGGCAGUAUCCAUGACUGGAUUCAGCCGUGCCCAAGAGGCUCCCCAUCAGUCAAAAGGAUUAUCAGAUUCAGUUGAAACUAGAGACACCAGUCCUCCCUCCUCGUCAUCGUCUGCCUCAUACGCUCCAUUAGGAAUACCAAGACCUGAAAUUGUGUCUUUUAUGAAGAAGAAGAAAACAAGUGACAUCUAUUUUGUGAUGCUUGUCUGGGCCAUUGCUGUUGUACAGAUCUGGCUGAACCUUUGGAUUCUUGAAUUGCUCCCUGUGCCAGUGGCUGUCUGGGGUCUUAAGAAAUUGGUUCUACGUUUUGGAUUAAUGAACUUUGCAGAGAGGCAUAUUAGUAAACACUGGAAGAUACUGUCAACCUUUGUUAAAGAAAGACAGGAUGCUUUGGCUCCAAGACCAAUCCGAGGACUAGGAAAAAUCAUUGUUAAGGCUGACAGCAAGCUAUGGCAUUGGCUUAAUAAGCAGAUUAUUUUUUGUCUGGAGAAAUCACUGGAUAAAUUGAUCAGCAUUUUUAUCAUCUUUUUACUGGUUAUGGGAACGUUACUGCUGGCUCUUUUACUUACUGCAAAGGUCCACGAGGAAAGUGUGCACAUGAUCAAAGUCACUAGUAGCCUGAUUAAUGAGACUGUUGCUAACCAUCCUGAGUGGGCAAACUGGCUUCCAGAGGCACAGGUCAUCCAGAAAGCAUUAAAUUCUGCUGCUAACAAUGUGUACCAGUAUGGAAGAGAGUGGAUAACCCACAAGCUUCAUAAGAUGUUGGGAGACAAGAUGAACAAUACAGCAGUUAUCGAGAAACAAGUUCUGGAGUUAUGGGACAGGUUGUAUCAUAAUUGGUUUGUGAAGAAUGUAACUCAUUCUGGAAGACACAAAGGUCACAAAUUCACUAUCCAUCGCCAAAAUAGUUGGCUUGGAGACAUUUUGGACUGGCAGGAUGUUGCCUCUUUUAUUCAUGAGAACAUUGAAACUUUUCUUUCUAUAUUGGAGUCUCUGUGGAUUGUGAUGAGCCGAAAUGUGAGUUUGCUGUUCACCACUGCAACCACCUUAUUGACAGUUCUGUUCCAUAGUGGUACAGCACUUCUCAACUUUGCUCUUUCAUUGGUCAUUUUCUUAACUACACUCUUCUAUCUCCUAAGUUCCAAUGAUGAAUAUUACAAACCUGUGAAAUGGGUAAUCAGUCUGACACCCCUUUCCCAGCCAGGACCUUCCUCCAAUAUUGUGGGUCAGUCUGUCGAAGAAGCGAUACGUGGUGUGUUUGAUGCAUCCCUGAAGAUGGCUGCUUUCUAUGGGCUUUACACCUGGUUGACACACACUAUAUUUGGAAUCAAUAUUGUCUUCAUUCCUUCAGCUCUAGCAGCCACACUUGGAGCUGUCCCUUUUCUGGGAACCUAUUGGGCUGCUAUGCCAGCAGUGAUAGACCUCUGGUUGACACAAGGAGAGAACUUUAUGGCAAUCCUCCUCCUAGUUUGCCAUUUACUACCAACCUACUUUGUGGAUACUGCUAUUUAUUCUGAUAUUUCUGGCUUUUUCUUUUCACAGGGGUGGUCAUCCAUAUCUCACUGGUUUAGCAGUGGCUGGAGGAGCUUACUACCUUGGGCUAGAAGGUGCAAUCAUUGGACCCAUCCUAUUAUGCAUACUUGUAGUUGCCUCGAACAUAUACAGUGCUAUGUUGAUGAGUCCUUCAACUGCAUUGCCAACUCCUUCACAGUCUCCUUGGCCUUUGCAAAUACGUCGGCCUUUUGAGGAUAAUCCUGAGGAAGCGAAACCUGGUACUGAAUGACUAAAUACACUUCCCACAUUAGUCAGAGCUUGUUGGCUGAUGAAUCUGCUGCUUCCUGCACUGAAUUUCACAGUUGUGGCCUUCCUGUACACUCCAAAGAUGAAUAUUGCAUUAGCUCAUACUAUGUUGGAAAAUUACUCCUCACUUAUUUGGGCGGUUAAUGUAACUCCCAAGGAUACAGCCUAGCUUUUGGGAGGUAGAAGAUUCAUUAUUCCUGGACGUAAGAUAAAUUAUAAAUGAUCAACAACUGCAGUUCCACAUUUGACUGCAAUAAAGUUUGAAGUGAUGUUUUUCUAAUCUUUUAAUGUAUGUUCUAAGGAUAUUUCAGAUGACUUUCAUUCUCAUGGGCUGAUCUGAAACAGAAUUGUGCAGCUGCUAAAAUAGUAAAAUAAAAAGUUGUAUGGCUUUGUUUUUGCAGUUUUAAAUUGUGAGGCACAAGAAGGAGUUAGUGUAUUUCCAGAUGAUCUAACUGGGUCUUUAAAAUUGCACAGUUAAACUCUUUAAUCUCCCCUGUCCCCAUUUGGAAAUCAGAAAAUUCCCAUAUUGGGCUAGGUGCAUUUGAGAUGCAACUGUAACCCUAACUACCCCUUUGAGCAUGGAAUUUACAAAAGCUUUUUUGUUUUUUUUUGAGGUUAUAGUUUUCUCACCUUGGUAUUCCCUCCUGAGUCCCAAGUGUCCUGUCAUUGUGAGGUUUUUGUAGGUGCCAUAGGAUGCUGUUCUUGACUUGGUAGCAGAAAAUCAACCAGAUCUACACCUGAACAUGCAUUAUCUUUUUCAAUUUUAUCUGAGGUCACUUACUAUAUAUUUGAAAUCACUGUAUUUAUGAUCAAUUCAAUAUGGAUGUAAAUCUUAUUUUUAUUAUUGCAUAAUAUUGCCAUACAUUUCAGGCUUGUGGCUCAAUUAAAACUACUAUUAUAUAUGCUAAUUGAAUGUUGUUAAAAUUGUAUAGCAUAGAGAGUCUUUGCUUUCUUAUUUCUGUGUUUGGCAGAAAAGCAAAUUCAUGCAGAUGUCUAUAAUAAAUUGGACUAUGUCCAGACUUUUCAAAGCAGGAUUGUGAAUUUAACAGUCUGGUGCCAGCUUUUGUGUUCAAAGCGAAGACUUCAGGCAGUGGCAGCACCAUAAAGUAAACUCUCAAAAAAAAACUGAAUUAGUCAAUAGAGACUGAGAUUAGAAAUUCUAGAAGUUGUCCACCUCCAGAAGUAUGUUAGGACAGGUUCCUAAAAUGUAACCCAAAUUCCAGGAGGGCUCAUGUGAACAGUAGGAACUACUUGGGUCCUGACUCUACAGAGCCAGGAGGAUUUCAGCAUGUUUUCUUUGCUGCUGAAGGGGGGUAAGGUAUAGGGAGAGGCUGGGACCCAGCCAUUAAUGCCAAUCAAUACAAAAAAUAUUCUGGCAUUUUCUUCAUUCUGCUACUUUCUAAAUAACAACAAUCAGUCUGUUAAAUCUACAACCACUUGGAUGUGAUACAUAACAUCUCCAUCGAGCAUUUGUUUACAAGUAUGCAUUGUUCAUAAUCUGUCCUACAUCCUGUACACUGGACAGCACCUCCAAGCUUCCUAGGCAAGCCCAGAAUUCCACCAAUGUUUUUUCUAAGAUUGGCAUUGCAGUAAUGGAGGGGCAGGUGUUAGCAUAUGGUAGAAUAACCAUUUGGCAUCUACCCUUGUAGAAAUUCUAAGAGGAGAGACUACUGUUGGAAAGCAGAUUUGCCUGAAAUUCUUCGCUUCGCAAAAGGUCACUGGCAUUGAUUUCAUGUAAAACCAGUGUGAAAUAUUUGGGUGCAUACCCUUGAGUAAAUUACAAGACAUGUAGCAUUAAUACAUAUUUUUUAAAGCUGAUCAAAUAUAUUAAACUGAAACCCAAUUCUAUUGUAAAAAUAUGAAAAAAAUUGUUAGUUCUAGAUCUGCCUUGAA